AUGGGGCACGUAGAGGAAAACUUAGACCUUGAUUCUGAGGAAAUCCCGUUAAGCUUGUCAGUGUCACAAUCUGCAAGUAAAGUGCAUACUUUUGAUUUUGAGGAAUCUCAAAUAGGAUCACAUGCAAAGCUUCCAAAUAUUUGGGUCUUUAAGAAAGUGCAAAUGAGUCCUCUCCGGAGUAUUUAUGUUGUCCUACUUACAGCCAAGAUUAACAUGUUACUUCCUUUUGGGCCCCUGGCAAUAUUUCUGCACUAUGUUGCAAGACAGCACGCACAAGGUUGGGUCUUCUUCUUAAGCUUAUUGGGAAUUACACCUUUAGCGGAACGUCUGGGAUAUGCAACUGAGCAGCUGGCAAUAUAUACAGGGCCUACAGUUGGUGGUCUUCUUAAUGCAACAUUUGGCAAUGCAACUGAAAUGAUCAUUUCAAUAUAUGCAUUAAAGAAUGGAAUGAUUAGGGUGGUUCAGCAAUCAUUGUUGGGCUCAAUCUUGUCGAAUAUGCUACUUGUGCUUGGAUGUGCCUUCUUCACUGGUGGAAUCAUUCAUCAUAAGAAGGUUCAGCAUUUCAAUAAGGCUGCUGCUCAGGUGAACUCAGGAUUGUUGUUGAUGGCUGUCAUGGGUAUUUUGUUUCCAGCAGUACUUCACUUUACACACACUGAGGUGCAUUUUGGGAAGUCAGAGUUAUCUCUUUCUAGAUUUAGCAGCUGUAUAAUGCUGGUGGCAUAUGCAAGCUACCUUUUCUUUCAGCUUAGAAGUCAACACAAGCUUGAUGCAUCCCUGAAUGAGGAAUCCAUUGAUGAGGAAAGAAAUAAUAGUGCAGAAGAUUCUGAUGAAGAGGAGGCUCCUGAGAUUACUCAAUGGGAAGCUAUUGGGUGGCUUGCUAUUUUAACUUUGUGGGUAUCUGUACUAUCUGGAUACCUUGUUAAUGCUAUAGAGGGAGCAUCUGACUCGUGGAACAUCCCUGUGGCUUUUAUUAGUGUCAUCUUGCUUCCAAUUGUAGGGAAUGCUGCAGAACAUGCUAGUGCUAUAAUGUUUGCCAUGAAGGAUAAACUCGAUAUUACCCUUGGAGUAGCUAUUGGUUCAUCUACACAGAUAUCUAUGUUUGUUAUUCCUUUCUGUGUAGUCAUUGGAUGGCUCAUGGGACAGCAAAUGGACUUGAACUUUAAACUCUUUGAGACAGCUACACUCUUCAUAACAGUGUUGGUCGUGGCAUUUAUGUUGCAGGUUGGUUAUUUAUUCUUGCUAUAUGCUGAUGCACAUUAA